GCAGGUAGAGAUACGCACAAUGCCCGAAUUCCGUACGGGAUUUUCGAUAUAAAGAACGACAACGGCUGAAUGAACGACCUAGGACGACGUCCCUACCUUGAAACCACAAAUUUCAGAUGUAUUUCAUCUAUUUUAGAAGACCGGAAUUUGAAGUAAAAAUCAGUAGUGAUGCGGUUUUACUCUCGCCAACCUCUGCGCAACUACAAGACUGAGGGCUGAGGAGGACAAAGAGAGAGAGAGGGUGCGUGAGGAACCGAAGAGAGCGACUUCGUCGGCUUCAGGCCUUAGUCAGUGAUCGGCCGGUGAGAUUGGACGAUAGGCUGUGUUCGAUCAUUAAACAUUUUCGCCGCAAAUAUUUAAUAUUAGUUAUCGGAAGUUCAUUAGACUCGUAUAAGUUAUGGUGAAAUAGUUUGGAUAAAAAUUCCCUCGUUUUAUUUUCCAUUGAAUAAAGUUAGAAAAAUGUUGUGGUACCCCAAGAGUUUCCAACUCCUCUUCAUCUUGUACGUGAUGGACUUCUUCCAGCAGUGCGGAAGCAUCAAAGACCACUGUCCUGGUUCUUGUACUUGUAAGUGGAAAGGUGGAAAACAAGCAGUUGAGUGCGUCGAACGCGGUUUGAUCAUGAUCCCCGAAAACAUAAACUUGGACACGCAAGUUCUCGACGUAUCGAACAACAAUCUCCAGAUUUUACCGCGUGAAACAUUUUCGCGAUCCGGCUUAACCAACCUCCAACGAGUGUUCUUCCGGAAUUGCCGCAUCGGCCAAGUGGACGAAUUAGCCUUCUCCGGCUUGACGAACCUGGUAGAGCUCGAUCUUUCCUACAAUCUCCUCACUUCUAUCCCUUCGAAAAGUUUCAAAGGUAUCCCGUUUCUUCGUGAUCUGAACCUUGCCAACAACCCCAUCUCGAAAAUUGACGGAAACGCCUUCAAGGCCACACCUGGCCUCAUAAAGCUCGACCUUUCGAACUGCGAAAUACAAACCAUUGCUCCGAGAGCUUUCGAAGGGAUUGAAAUGCUGGAGUCGCUCAAAUUGAACGGUAACAAGCUUUCCGAACUUCGGCCUACGACUGUGCAGAAUUUGCAGCGGUUGCACGGUGUUGAGCUUCACGAUAAUCCUUGGAAUUGCGAUUGCCGUUUGCGAUCAGUGAAAGAAUGGAUUUUGACGUACAACAUCCCCUAUUCAGAGCCGCCUGUAUGUAGCGGUGGUCCAGAGAGGGUUAUUCACAAAACGUUCAGCGAUUUGAGCAUUGACGAUUUCGCUUGCAAGCCUGAAAUGCUUCCAGUGGCCAGACAUAUCGAGGCAGUUGCUGGAACUAAUGCUACUCUGAUAUGCAGAGCAAACGCAGUACCUCCCGCACAAAUGAAAUGGUAUUGGAACGGAAGACUCUUGGUUAACAACUCAGGAUUCAGCUCAUACAACAAAAUUUAUAUUUUCGAAGAAGGAAAACAAGACAAAAUCAGCACUUUGAUCCUUAGUGAAGCUCAGAAAAUCGACAACAACGAGUUUUACUGCGUGGCGGAGAAUCGUGCUGGCAACGCUGAAGCCAAUUUCACACUCUUCGUUUCGGCUAGCACUGGUGGACUGAUGGAGUUCCUCAGAGGACAAUUAGCAAGUUUGAGUGCAGUUCUGGUGAUUUUAGUUCUUUUCAUUCUUCUAGUGGUCUCAGUGCUCAUUCUUCGUCUACGAAAUCUAACCUAUACUGAAACUAAAACUCCGGGACAGUUAGAAGUGGUGUCGAUUGCUAACGGCCCCAUCCAUAAAACGCCUUCUAGUUUGAGUUCUCCGCGUCCAGAAACCUCCUCUUUCACGGAAAAGAAACCUGGUGAACUGAAUUUCUGCAAUCCAGUUCAAAAACCACCUCGCGCUGAUCCUGUUUAUCCCAGCAUCCAUUUCAAUGGAGGAUCCGUACUUCCAGCCUCCACUUUUACAUCUCCAUCGCCAUCAGGAAAUAAUCCCGACCUCAUCAACGACACCAAGUUACAAGGAAGUGGGGACUUGCCACUGGAAUCUACUAAGGACUGUUUUGUUGACGAUUUCACAGAGAGGCCUGCAAGUGGCGAAUACAGCAGAAACGCUGAUUCUCUCUACCCUUCGGGCCUUUGGGAGCAUGCGGAGACCGACGAGCAUGGGAGGCAGAAAACCAACUUCGGUUCUUCUCAAAAUUACGACGACAAAACUCCAAUUAUGAAUGAUAACUCAAGUACUUGUGGUUCUUCAGAAGAACUUCAAUAUAGAAGAGGUUAUCCCACAGAUUAUGGACUGCCUAUCGUAAAUCCUGCUUUAGAUGUUGGUAUCCCCGCCACAAAUGCACACAUCCAAAACAACUUUCCAGCGAAUGCUAAGACCUUGAGAGUCUGGCAAAAAGGUGGCGUUCCAGUGCUUCCACCAGUCUCUGCCCUCAAAAGAGCCUUCAGUAGUAGUAGAAAUUCACCAGAUGAAGGUUACCAAGAGGGAUGCGGAACAGAUGUAUAAGAUCUGUGUGUAAAAUCCAAAUAUAUCCAAGUAAACCAAAGACUGUUCGUUCCUAGUUACUUUAAAUUAUUGAGAAUCAUUAGUUGCUCAUAAUAUUAAAUCAAUCCCAGUGCUGUGAGAUAAAUUGUAGAAAAAUUAUAUUUGUGAUAACAGAAUCUUAAAGACGUUUUCUGAGAUAAUGUAAAUUAUUCUUAAUAUUGCUUCGCCUAAAGCGACUUCAAGAAUUUGAAUUCUGAAGAAUAUGGUGUAAGACUGAGAAUGUUCAAUAAAACAAAAACGGUUUAUAUUCAGUAUAUUCAUGCUCUAAUUCGACGCAAUAGAAAGCAUCAAUUCUAAAUAUACAAUCCGAUACAUUGCUUUAACGCUUUGUGUUAAUACCUAAAAUUGAAUAAUUCCACUUAUAAUCAUUUAUUAGGAUGAUUAUUAUGACACUCAUAUCGAGUUCAACCUACACAAUGAGUUCAAUAUCUGAAUAUAACCAAUCAUAUCGUAAUGGAGGAGAAAAUUUUCAAUUCAAGAUUGUAAUAUAUGUAUUUAGCAAUGGAAGAUUGUUUCCUCUGAUCUUUUUAUAAAUCAAUUAACACAUAAGGUAGGAUAACCGAAAUUUGUAAUUUAUUUUUGUAAAGAAUUAUGAUUAGAAUACUGGUAUACAGAAAUCGUACGAUUCUUCGUGAAUAUUUAUGUCUGAAUCGAUACUUAUCCAAUGAAUGUGGAAAAAAUUUAAAAUUGCAUAUAACAACCCAGUAUUAUUAUAAAUGUUACCAGACUGUACAUAUCUUGGGGUUAAUGUAAAAAUGAGUAAAGUUUUGUUAAUAAAUUAUG